AUGGACCCGGAUGAUUUGUCCACGAAACAAGCUCGCGUUUUGAUGGAUUACGAUGCGGUGUUGCCGAACCAAGAUCACUAUUUAUUCGUCAAAUUGCAGAUCUUGAUCGUCUACCGUCUCCCCGGGAUGGAUCCCGAAUUCGUGAUGGCCGAAAAGGGUGGAAGUCGGGGGAAAGUGCCGAUCUCAUACUUGGAGAUUCUU